GUCAUCAUCAUGGUCGCCGCCGCUACCGUAUAGCCAGCCUAGAGGCUGACAGACACUCCUCUUGCGUUGUUUAGGCGGAAGAAGUCUUCGCGACCGAAGAGAGGGGAAAAGCAAAGGACCCGGAUGCCGGGAACAUGGAGUUCCCCUUCGACGUGGACGUCCUCUUUGGGGAGCGGAUCACGACAGUGGACCAGCGAUUGCAGCCCUCGGGGCGAAGGGGAGCCGGCCUGUCCGCCGCCCACAGAAUGGACCUGCAGCAGCAGCUGAUGACAGUUAUAGAUGAGAUGGGCAAAGCCUCUGCCAAGGCCCAGAAUCUGCCAACUCCAAUCACCAGCACCUCCCGAAUGCAAACCAACCGCCAUGUUCUCUACAUCCUGAAGGACAGUGAAGCCAAAACGGUUGGAAAAGGAAUUAUCAUUGGCUUCCUCAAAGUCGGAUACAAAAAACUCUUUGUACUGGAUCGCAAUGGAGCUCAUAAUGAAGUUGAGCCUCUGUGUGUACUGGACUUUUACAUACACGAGUCUCUGCAGAGACAUGGCUAUGGCAAGGAGCUCUUCCAUUACAUGUUACAGCGGGAACGAGUAGAACCCCACCAGUUGGCAAUCGACCGACCCUCAGACAAAUUGCUAUCCUUCCUCCGGAAACACUAUUGUCUCAGUGACACUAUCCCUCAAGUGAACAACUUUGUGGUUUUCCAGGGCUUUUUCAGUUACCAGCGUGCUCCAAUGAGAAAGAUGCCUCCAAAACGUCAUGAGGGGGAGAUCAAACCAUACUCCCUGUCAGACCGAGAGUUCCUGAAGGAAGAGGUUGAACCGCCAUGGCCCUUCAACCAGUCUCAUUCAAUGAUCCGCUCCAGCAGUGUAGGGAACUCCCCGGUGAGGGGAUGCCUCAAGCCUUUUCUCAAUGAACAGGAGCUGCUGAAGAACCUGCGCCUCUGCCCUCCGCACUCGACCGCCCAGCAUCUGAUGAAUGGGGAGCCCUGUGAUUCAGUUUCACAGAGGCGGAGAACCAGUUCUCUGAAUCGCUCUGAAAACAGCCAUUGAUCGCCGGUCUUUGCUGUGUCUCUCCAACUCUUGGGCCUCCAAUUGUGUCUUGAGUUCUUUCUAGAAGUGAGAUUUGGUUUUACAUCCAAUUUCCUCAUCCCCUUCUUUUUAUAAUAUUUUAUGGGUAGAAUAUCUAAGGAUGUGGACUUAUUUAUAUGGUGUUGGAUUGUGAGAGUUCUUUGGGGGGGGAGCUUCUCUUUACUUUUUUAUGUCAUAAUUCCCAAAAGCCCUUAAGAAAAGGAACUUAGCUACAUUUUACAAGAGCAGAUCCUUUUGCUUGGCUUAAAAAGGCCUUUCAGAGUAUUUAUUACGUUGUGCUUCAGUUCCAAAGUGAACAGAGUUUACAGGUGGAAAAUGUAGGCGUUUGAGACAAAACAUCCUACAAUGUAUUACACAUACUAGGAACUGCAGCUUUUUGCCAAACAGACCUGCCUUGAGCUGUUGUCAGUGCUUUGUUGUGACUGUUAGCCAUGGAUCCAAAGAAGAAAAUGGACAGAUGAUGCCUAUAAAUUAUUACAGUUCUAGAAGACAUCUCUUUUUAAACGUCUAGUAAGAGCAGGGUCUGCUUUGCAGCAAGGUUAAGCAAUCCGUCUUGGAUGGCAAAUUUUACAAUACUGUUACAAUACUAUCAAGUUAUUUAAGUGAUUGUUCUACAGCUCUUUGAGGGAGGCAUAAUUUUGCCCUUUGGCCAUCUAUGAUUUUUCCUUAGAUUGGAGAUAGAUGGUUGCUUUAUUUUGUGAAUUGGAGGUAAUAGGGAAGAGAUAUUUAUGCCUUUGGUGCAUAUGGUUUGUGCUGUUUAUCUGGUAAAUAGAUUUUGUAGUGAAUUUGCCACUUUAGAGGUCCCCCAAGUCAGAGCAACUGCCUGGGAGCAUCAAUCAUAAAAGCUCAUGAUGUCAAUGUUUGUUUAGUCAGCAGAAGUCCAGUCCAUUUUUCAUCAUUUUUCUGUUCAAAUGGAUUCUCAUUCGUGAAUAUUUGUGGCCCUACAUAUAUUUAUUUAGCCUUUAAAGUGCCACAAAAGUCCUUAUUCUGUUUAGUUUAUUUUGUCGAUGACUGCAUCCAAAAUAAUUGUCUUCAAACAGUCAGGCAAAGCUUUUAUGGAAUGGAACACAGUUGAAUUGUUCUCUUUCAGGCUGUUUCUUUGUGAUGAUUCACUGACUUAGAAAUAUGGGGCAAGCUAGAAGAAUGAUUAACAUGGCUAUGUGAGUAGGCUACCAAGCUUUGUGGACUUAUUUAAAAAGCUUGACAAAGGAUGGGAAGCUACGAGGGGAUCAAAAAUAUCAGUCCCAAAAACCGGGCUCAACUUACCCGUGAGUAAGUAUAAGUGUAGUACGUUGACUCUAAUAGAAAAUAGAACCAUCCCCUUUGAGCAAAUGGUGAAAGGAAAAAGCUUAGUUCAACUUUAGAACCUAAAAGAAGCACCAAUCUUCUCUCCUUUUUGUUAGUGAGGAGCAAAUAACCUUUUGAAUGCCUGGGUUGGAAAAAAAUGGUGGUGGCAGAUAGGGCAGCUGGCCCCAAGACAGCAAUGGCACUUUCCCCCCCUUUACAGAACGAUCCUCAGCUUAUAAAUUGGCCACAACAAAAUCCACAAUUCUGACCCCAAAGCUUCCCACAACAUAUACAGGAAAUAAUAUAAAUGUAGUGGAAGGAAUAGGGUUGCUCCAUACUGGGUCAGAUGAUUCAAUAGUUGAAGCAUAAUAUUGCUGUUAAAUUUGGCCAAAUCUCUCCAGGGCCUUGGACAGAAAUAAGGAGCUUGACAGCCUUGUCAUCUGAGAUGCCAUAGGUAGAGAUGCCAUAGAAUGUGCCCAGGUUUUUCUGCAUGCAACAUGUAUGUUGUAGCACAGAGGAUGUGCUUUGCCUUCCCAAGGUAGGCCUUUCUGGAAACUGGAAUUAUAAAAACAUACAUCCCUAUGAAUACAGAACAAAAAGAGAAACAUCAUCUCGACACAGAAAUAAGCUCAGCAAUUGCUCCAUCUACUGUAUUUUGGGGCUUCUCGUACCUCACAUUCACAGCUUUGCAACGAAAUGGUGGGGGAGGGGGUGAGCCAAAGUAAUCAUCCAGUUCUCUGUGGCUUAAGUUUUUCAUUUUGCAGUGGUGUGGGUUUGUUUUCUCCAAGUAGCCACAGAGAAUACUAAUAGCAGUUUGAUUUUUAAAAAAAUUCUGCCAGUUGCUAUGGAGCUCAGGUCAAGCAUCCAGAGUGAAAGAUGGAACUAAUAAAGCCCACUGUUAUUAAGUAUUUCAGCUCCCCAAAAUGAAUAGAAAUCAUUCAAGGGUAUUCAAGCAUGGCACUCUUCUCUGCGAAUCCAGCCUCCUCCAUUCUCCUACAUGUAUCUGCUGUGUGGGAUGUCAGUUGUGUGGUCUGUAGUUUGGUUUUAAGAAUGUUUUGCUCUUUUUGAGUGGGGCACUUGUAGCCUAUAAAGGAUGUUUUGUGUGUUUUGCAUUCUAUCACCAGACAUGGUUCUGAUGGUUUUAAAAAUAUACAGCAGUUGCCUCUAUGCUUGCAGAAGCCUUUAUAAAAGCUAUGUAAAUGACAGAGCUUGGACAAGUUACUUCUUUGGGCUACAUCUCCCAUAAUUGCCCUGGUCUGUGUGGCUGCUAUUAUUCAAAAAAGCUUUUCUAGAAAGAACAAGUAACAUUUCCAAGCUCAGAUGAAAUGGUUACCUCAACUUGAGAAGCAGGAACUUUUUCCCUGUGACAAUAGAAAAAAUGAUGGUUUCAGAGGGUGAGAGAAGAGGAAACCAGAAAUUGGGAGACUCGUGUGCCUUGAAGCUGAAAUUGGUCGCCGGAAAGAAAAAGGAGUUGGGUAUGCAUAAUGAUAAGCUUCGUAGAUAAGAAAAUGUAUGUGAAGUGAUAACUGGGAAGGAGGAAAACUAAAUAGUGUGCCAAGAUUAGCCAGACUCUGUGCCAGAAAAACCAGCAACUUCCCUAGCGAUGAGCAUAUGAAGUUGCUUAGCUUUCUUCAUUUAGAUAUUUACUAAUUGGUAAUUUUAUUCAAAUAAGAACCAGGAAGCCAAUCUGGCGAAGUAGACGAGUUGUUGGAAUGGGACUUCAGUUCAGAGCUCCAUUUAGGCAAUAACGUUCUUGGAAUGACUUUGCUCCAAUCACUCUCGCAGUUAACCUACCUCACAGGGUUGUUGUGAGGAAAAAGAGUGGAGGAGCACAUGCAAUCUUAUUUGCCUUUAGGAAUUUCUGGAGAAAAGACAGGCUGAAAAUAUUGUAAUGACUCUUAUUCAGGCGUAUUAUACAGACUCUGGUUUCUGAAACUAGGAAAGUCUGGCUUAAACCUGAGCAAACAAUAAUGAAAUUUGAAACUUGAAUAAUAGGUGCUAAGCUUUUCAUAUUUGACUUAAAAUGGUUAUUGUAAUUGCUAAACAGAAUUGUGAUUUGGCUAAACAGAAAUACAGAUAUAUCUUGGUUAACAAAUAUAGGCACUCCCCAGGUUACAAACACCCAACUUUCUAAUGACUCAUAGAUAAGAACGGGGAUGAGACAACAGGAAGUGAGGGGGAUUUACCCCUCAGAAGGGAAAUUCACUCCUGAAAGAGUUAUCAUGGGGAAAAGGUGUCUCCACUGAAGCUUUAUCACCAAUUCUUGUUUCCACAACAAGCCCAAAUUUUUCAACAUUAUACACACACAUGGAUGACUGGCUGGUUGGAGUUAAAAAUGUACCUCUUCCGACUUACAUACAAAUUCGACUUAGGAACAAACCUACAGAACCUAUCUUGUUUGUAACUUGAGAGCUGCCUGUAAACAUGUUCCUGGGCAUUACUUUUUAACAGAAAAUUUGGUACAUGGAAAGAAUGGAGACAGAUUCCUACCCUACAAAAUUUAUUCCAAAUUAAUACUAUACACAUGUGAAAUCAGAUAUAUAUAACUAUAGGUGCAAUCAACUGUCUACAGUAAAAUUCCACUCUCAUGUCAAGAUUUUCUGCAUUGGUUUCUGUAGGCAUAGUGAUGCAAUCUGACACCCACAUCUGUAUUACUUCAUCACUUUUUCACCAUCAUGAUACUGACGCUGUUAAAAAAUCCACUAGUCAGAUGAUGAAGAAAAGGGAUAUGUGGACCUGUAAAGAGGCAUUAAAAGGGAACUUCUUUGCCAGAGGCUUUGUUAGCUGAGGUAUACCUGUAAAUUAUUAUACCCUCUCUCUGCUAUCUUCUCGUUAAAGGCCCAAAAAUGUCCUCAUUACUUGUUUGAUAAAAGUUCAGAGUCUUAGGCUGCUAUUUUCAAAGCCCAUGUUAUCUGCUUGGGUUGCAAAACUGGAACAUGCACCACUGUGUAUAAGUCAUGGAUUCACCCUUAUUUAUUUUGUUCCCAGCUAUAACUGGUAUCACUAUAUUAAAAGGCAUCUGAAGAGCAGAGGCAUUGGAAGCAGUCAUGACUGAGCAUUAUCAAUCUCAUGCACCAGUAUAGGAUCUGCUUCUGCCAGCAAAUGCCAAAUGUAUUGCGUGACUAUGUAGCAGGUCAUUCCUCUGUGAUCCACAAAUACAGCUGGGCAUUUAGACAUGUGAUCAUGUGGUUGUGCCCUCGGGCAACAUGGGCACAGCUUUUACAAUUACCACUUGGCUACUUACUGUCUUGUUAAUUCUGUCCACAUAAACCUUCUGUUGAAUAGCAGCUACCUAGCUGCUCCCAGAAAGUUCGCAUCCACAUUAAGAGAGUGGGGGAUUUUCCAGCUCCUGUUUGUCCUCUGCACCUAGAAGUCAGAAGACAUGCUUGCAGCAGUCUUAAGUGUUCAGUUGUCAUCGUGGAUCAUGUUGUUGUUGUUGUUGUUGUGAUUAUAAUAUAUAUAUACAUGUGUGUGUGUGUGUGUGUGUAUCUUGAUUUAUCUUGUGAUAGAGACCCAAAGCAGCUCACAACAUGAAGACAAACAAAUACAAUUUAAAAAUACAACAUAAAAAUAUUAUAAUAGAAUUAAACUUGCAAGACAGUUAAAAUUGCUUAAAAGUUCUUUAAAACAUUAUUCUUUAAAAGCCUGUCUUGCAAACUCAGGGCCACUGCUUACUUCAUUGAAUCAAUUGUCCUGAAAAAUGAUCUUUCUCUGUGGCUACUGCCUUCUAUUUUGGUGAACAUUUAGCAUGUUUACCAGUAAAUCAUUCCAUCACAGAUGUCAAAAGUGUGAUAAUAUCAGUUCAGUCAUUUGGGGCUUGUAAGUAGAGUUCAAGCUUGACUUGCUUUAAGGCUCAUUUAUUUGUCUUUGUUGCUCCAUGCUACUCACAGACCUGAUUUUAUGUUUGAAUAAUAACAGUUUCUUAUCAGACCGAGCAUAAAACUUUGCAAAUAUUGUGUGAAUAUAGAGUAAUUAAAUAAUGCAGACCAUCAGGAUAUGAAAUUACUUUAUAUCCUCAUGUAUAAGUCUAGAAAUAUUAGUCAAAAAAUAACACAAAAACUUUUGUCAACUUAAAAUACAGUACUUUAAAGUACAGUACUUUAACACUUAUUUUUUAAAGGAAACAUUCGUUCUCUGAAUAGAGUAGAAAAAAGCAAGAGCUUAAUCCAUCCAGGGAAAACCUCUCUAGUCUUUCUACCAUGGCACAGCUUCUGGCUUAUUUGAAUGCCUGGUUGAGGGUUGGGGCAAGGGGCGGAUACCCCUGAGGUGGCAUUGGUGUUUUUCCCUUCUUGUGCAAUAUUUCUUGACUCAACCAUAGGUCAUAUCGAAAUCCUUCAAACUGGCCUUGAUCUAUAAAUGUCUACUUAUACAUGGGGAGCCCCAAGUGGUGCAGUUGGUUAAACCACUGAGCUGCUGAACUUGCUGACUUUUCAGUCAGCGGCUCAAAUCCGGGGAGCGGGGUGAGCUCCUGCUGUUAGCCUCAGCAUCUCUAAACUAUUAGUUCGAAAACAUGCAAAUGUGUGUAGAUCAAUAAGUACCGCUCCGGCUGGAAGGUAACAGCACUCCAUACAGUCAUGCUAGCCACAUGACCUUAGAGGCAUCUACGGACAACGCCGGCUCUUCGGCUUAGAAAUGGAGAUGAGCACCAACCCCCAGAGUCGGACACAACUAGACUUAAUGUCAGGGGGAAACCUUUACCUUUACUACUUAUACAUGAGUAUAUAUAUAGAGUAAGUGAAACUUUCUGAAAUGAAGAGAGACACAACCUUGGAAGAGGAAAGAAAGGAAGAUUACACACAUAGUUAAAAUGCAAGUUUUCUUUUUUCUUUGAGACCCAGCAUUUUUCCAGCUACUAUUUCAGCAACCUAACUUAGGGGUGUGUGUGUGUGGGGGGGGGGGGGGUUAAAUUGAUGCUCUGAAACUUAGAAUAGGAGAUCUUUGCUACUCUUAUCACAACUUAUCUAGAAGUCAGGAAGGGGCUGUCCCCUAAAGCCAAUAAAAUCCACACUAUUUUCAAAACUAGAUUUGUGAAUGACUUGCAGGUGAUUUCCAACCUAAAACCCACCCCAAACAUGUGGACAUGGCAGUUUGCCUCUCCACAAAACCCCUUUCCACCAGAUCUUCUUUCUGCUUCUAUGUUAGUAAUGGUGUUGCAGAAAAUGGCAACGAGAAGUGACAUUGCCUCAUUUCCAAUGCAUGUGGAUACACAAUUGUGGCCCAUGAGAAGGACAGGGGUACAAACUGGUCCUUGUGCAGUUGUCCACCCCUUCUGCAGAUCUUUAUGUAUCUUGGCUCAUUUCUGACUCUCCAGAUAUUGAUGGUGUUAUCUGGAUCCUCAUGGAAUUGAAACCCAAAAUACCUAGAGAUCCCAUAUCUCUGAUGUAAAACAUAGGCCUGUAAAUGACAACUUAUUAACAGCAGUUCCUCCCAAGUUCCUGGCUGCAUGUCCCUGAUGUUCUGAUGCUGAGAACAAACAGGUUGGCUUUUCAUCAUGUUUACUGGAAGCAUUAUACCCCUCUUUCUUUGUCUAUAUUUCAACAGCAGGACAGUCUUUAUGUUACAGACUCAGUUACAACACUGAGGUUUCUGAUGUAAAAGUGAAACCAAAACGUGAAAGUCGCAGGGGAGAACUCUAUCAAGUAUCUUGAGAACAGCCUUCUUGGGCUCGUGAGGUUUGCUGAAGCAAACAUCACCAUUUGAUAGUAUAUAUUAGACUUUAAAAUCAACCAGUUUUAGACACCUUCCAGUGCUCCAGUAUCUUUGUUCUUGCAACUCUAUAGCAUCCCUCUGUGAGGUUUGCCCUUCGUAAUCUCUUUCAAUACCACCCUUUCUUAUUAAAGCACCCAAGAGCCUGAAAUGAUUUCAGCUGUUGAUGUAUGGCAUGAAAAAAUGUUACCUUUUGUUUACAUUUCAAUAAAGUUUGGAUCUUUUUAAAUUUCA